UUUAUUGGAUGAUUGCUGUAUUCAAUACCUAAUUUUGGCCAAUAUACUGGGCAGUUUUGGAAAAUACGAGAAAAUACGCAAAUGGAAUGGCAGACUGACACACAGAUUAGAGAGCUUAUGUACACAAAAAUGUUUAUUGGUCUGCGGUGUGAUUACAUGUUAUUUACUCUGUGUGUGUAAAAAAAGUUUAUAAAGUUUAUUUUAUUUUGUUUAGCCAACCGUGAACUUUUAAGUAUAAAUUUAUGAUUGAAUUUAUAAACCAUGCCCCAAAUAUUUCAAGUUCUGCGAUGCUAUAAAUGCUCCGUGUUUCAGGUUCAUCAAACCAAGAAAUCUAAUAAAUUUGAAUGUAAAAUGUGUGGUGAGAAACAGUCAAUUAAAAGGCAUUAUGGGAUUGGAAAUGCUAAAGAAUGCAGAGGUCAUGUGCAAAAGUUAAAUGUAAUAAGAGGAGAAGUAGACAAAACUGAAAUUUCAAAUAGUAUCAUUGAUACUGAUGAUUAUAUUUGUGAUGGUGAAAAUAUUACAAACAGUUCAGAGAGUAAUAAAAUUCCCAGUAAAUGGUCAAAUUAUGUAGAAUCGAAGACCAAUGAAAUUGAAGAGAACAACACUGAGUUCUUAAACAACUGUGAGGUUGUAUUAGAGAUUCCAAAGAAAAGGCCUAGAAUGAAUUAUCAAGCUAAGAAAAAACACAAGAAAUGUAGUAAAAAUUUAAGUAACUCUGAUGAUGAUAAUGAUAGUUUUUCAGAUUCAAAUAAAAAUAAUAGACAUGAAAUCCAAAAGAAUAAGGAGAAUGUAUCUACAAUUGAAAGAAAAGCAAUAUUUGUACCACCCAUUUUAAAUCAUCAUUGUAAACCGGAGUAUGGUGUAAUUUUAAAUGACAAUGACACAAAUUAUUCAAAUACCAGCUCUGAUAAUGUUAGUAAAGAAAAUACUAACCUUGUAAACAAAUCACCUAAACUCCAAAUUAUGUCAUCCAGCUCGAAAUGGGCUCAAUAUGUUGAUGACUGUGAAAACCAUGAUAUAGAUGAUGAACUAUUAGAAGAAGAUAAACCUGCCAAUGGUGAAAAAGCUGAAAAAAGUAUAGAUAACUGGAAAAAAACUGAUGGAGCUACAGUUAAAGAAUUAUUCUCACAGUGUGAGGACAGAGACUGGGAUGAUAUUCUCAACUUUUGAAUAGUAACAGCUGCAUAUUACAUACUAUGCAUGUGUUUGUGAGAAGCUGUUAUAAAUUUUAUGUGAUAUUAACUUGGCCAGUGAUAAAUAUCAGUGUGACAACAUCAAGUUUUUGUCAUCCUCCAUGCUACUACAUGUUUAUGGUAAGGAAGUUUCUUGUUGAAGUAUUUUGUACAAACAUAGCUACCAUUUUAAUAAAAUUUCCAAAACA